AUGGAAAUCCACGACCGCAACGAGCUCCCCGGGGCUCCUAUCGACCAUUUUCACGUGAAUCUCGAGAGCCAACCGCCCGUCGUCGGCGAAAUCAACGAAGAUGUGCUGGCGAGAAGUCGCAUCGCUACCCCAUCCGGACCACCGUCGCCUAGCCUCGACAUCUCGGCAGCGCGCCCUGGAGGUCUAUCGACAAUUAGCGGUGUAUUUGCCCCGGUCGCCCUAUCGAUGUUCUCCAUUUUACUCUUUAUGAGGAUGGGCUUCGUGGUGGGCCAAUUGGGCUUCGUUAUGACGGUCGUCCAAUUGUUACUGGCGUACGCAAUCGUGAUGCUGACCGUUCUCUCGCUCUGUGCAAUUUCGUCAAAUGGAGCCAUCGAGGGCGGUGGCGUUUAUUACAUGCUAUCCCGUUCGCUGGGUCCAGAAUUCGGCGGUGCAAUCGGAGUGCUAUUCUUUGUGGCGAAUGUCUUCAGUUGCGCCCUGUAUAUUUCGGGUUUCACGGAGGCUCUUCUCAAUAAUAUCGGAAAUGGACAAUUCCCCGACAGUCCGGGCUGGCGAUUCGUGUACUGUGUGUUGGUGUCGGUGUUCCUGCUGAUAGUGUCUCUCCUUGGAGCGAGUCUAUUCGCGAAGACAGCCCUCAUCACCUUCAUUACAAUCUCUAUCUGCUAUUCCACAUAUCUAUUUACCGUACUCACCAAUGGAGCUAAGGAUAUUACUAUACCAAAGACGAAUACACACGCUUAUUUGGUGCCCGACAACAUCUCUGAUCCGUCAUCGGGCAGUCACGUGGACUAUGAUCAGAAUCUGACGGCCAGAUAUACGGCAUGGUCAUGGCAUUCUCUCUCUGAGAAUAUGCUAUCCAAUUAUACCCAUGAUUAUACCACGGAUAAGCCCGUCGAUUUCGCCCUCAUGUUUGCCAUCAUAUUCUCUGGGGUUACUGGUCUAAUGGCCGGUGCAAACAUGUCUGGGGAAUUGGCUCGACCCUCCGUCUCCAUCCCACGCGGCACCGUCCAGGCCGUUUUCACGACGUUCGUCGUCUACGUGCUGACAGCCCUUUUGAUGGCCGCCACGUGCAGUCGAGAGCUGUUGCAGAACAAUUAUACGGUGAUGUUGGAUGUGAACGUCUCCCGUUGGUUUAUCCUUGUCGGCAUUUUCUCGACUACGGUCUUCUCUUCGCUCUCGAAUUUGAUUGGGUCGAGCCGAGUGCUGAACAGAUUGUCACAGGACAAGCUCUUCGGUAUCCUUCUCCGCCCGGCCUCAAUCGAAAUUGGGGAUAAAAACCCAGUGGUGUCGGUGUUUAUCGCCUGGCUCUGCGUGGUGCUCGUGCUGUCUAUAGGCGCCAUGAACAAAAUCGCCAAGUUGACGUCAAUUUUCUUCCUUCUGUCGUACAUGGGGGUGAAUAUCGCGACGCUCGCGCUCGAGUUGACUUCCGCCCCGAAUUUCAGACCGUCCUUCAAAUAUUUCUCGUGGCAAACAUGCGCUGGCGGUGUACUGGCCACAGCCACAAUGAUGUUGGUCGUCGACUCGGCUAUGUCUGCGCUGGCUAUUGUUGUGCUUCUCGUGCUCAUCAUGAUUCUCCACUACCAGGCUCCAGUCGGUUCGUGGGGAUCUAUCUCUCAGGCCCUCAUCUACCAUCAGGUCCGGAAGUAUCUCCUUCUUCUAGAUGUUCGGAAAGAGCACGUCAAGUACUGGCGCCCGCAAAUCCUGCUCCUGGUAUCCCGGCCCGGCUCUGCCGUUCAGUUGAUGGAUUUUGUGAACGAUCUGAAGAAGAGUGGCCUGUAUGUGAUUGGUCAUGUACGAAAGGGGGCUAUGGACGCUCAGGAGCCGCUCGAUCCGCUACAACAGGUGUUCCCGUACUGGCUCUCCCUGCUCGACUAUCUGAAGUUGAAGGCAUUCGUCGAGCUCACGAUUUCGAACAAUAUUCGAGUUGGAUUGCAGCAGCUGAUGCGCCUCUCCGGGCUGGGGGCCAUGAAGCCGAAUACGAUUGUGCUUGGGUUCCAUGAGGAGACGCCCAGAGAAGCCACACUACAGGAGCAACAACUCCUGAAAGACCUCCGAUACUCGAAAAUCGACCGAUCAGCCGUCGUGGAAUAUUUCACGGCUGGCGAUUAUCUGCCUACGGAGCUGAACGGAAAUAUGGAGCGGAUCGGCGGGGUGGACUAUGUGAAUGCACUAAAAGACGUGCUUCACAUGACGAAAAAUCUGUGUGUGGCCCGCCAUUUCUAUAAACUGGACAAGGAAGCGUUAUCGAGAGGGUGGAAUGGACAGAAGAGAUUCAUCGACGUGUGGCCGGUCGACUUGCAAAAACCCGGCGAGACCGGGUUGGGAUGGGACAACAGCUCGCUAUUCCUGCUGCAAUUGGCCUGUAUCCUGUCAAUGUCAUCUCGAUGGAGGAAUAUCGCCCGGUUGCGCGUCUUCAUUUGCGUCAAUUCUCUCCAGGACAUGCACCGGCGUGAGCGUCAACUGAAAGGGAUGCUGGAUGCCCUUCGAAUCAAUGCCGAAUCAAUCGUUGUCCCAUGGGAUCAUGUUGUCUGUCAUUUUGGACAGGCGGCAGGAGCAUCAGGUGUCAAUGGAGCAUCACCACAAUCACAGCCAACCAUCGAACUGCCCAAUGCAUAUGUUGCGGCAUUUAAUGAUAUGGUCAAACGAUAUUCGGCCGAGGCGGCGCUGUGUUUCCUGAAUCUCCCACUACCGCCAGACAGCGCCGAAAUGGACUCUGAUCGGUACCUCCGAAUCCUGCGAGUCCUCACCGACACCCUUCCCCCAACACUAAUGGUCCACGGAUUGUCGUCUGUCAUUAGUACGGCUUUA